GCUCAUAGAGUUUUCUAGCUCGAUCGCCGGCCACCAACUCAUCAGCUUCGGCCAUGUCUAGCGUCACCACGGCCGGCAGCAGCAUGGAGGAGUACUCCGUGGAGGAGUUCGACACGCGGCUGUCUUUGGAGAUCGGCGGCGGAGGGAGCCGACCGCCGCCUCAGAGGAAGACGGUGCAGCUGUUCGGCGAGGUGUUCUCGCCGCAGGAGGCUCCGCUGCAAGACCAUGGUCGUCGCCGAGAGCCGACGGCGCUGGCGUGCAGGAAGAAGAGAGAGAUCGGUGUUGCUGUUGUUGCUGCUGCUAGGCAGAAGAAGAAGGCCAGGACGUUCCAGGCCGAGGACGGCGAUCCCCGGAGCUCGAGCGACAGCGGCGGCGGCGCGAGGAAGAAGCUCCGGCUCACCAGCGUGCAGGCUACGCUGCUCGAGGACAGCUUCCGCGCCCACAACAUCCUGCCUCAUGCUGAGAAGCGCGAGCUGGCGCGGCGGGUGGGGCUGAGCGCGCGGCAGGUGGAGGUGUGGUUCCAGAACAGGAGGGCGAGGACGAAGCUGAAGCAGACGGAGGUGGACUGCGACCUGCUCCGCCGCUGGUGCAACCGCCUCACCGACGAGAACGCGCGCCUCAGGCAAGACCUCGCCGAGCUCCGGACGUCGGCGUCCACGAGGCUCCCCGCUGCGGCGGCGGUCAGCGUCGUCUGCCCUUCCUGCUGCGACAAGCAGCUCGCCAUCGUCGCCGCCGGCGCUGCCGAGAUGGAGUAACUGAAUAACCGAUGAUCAAGCGAUGGAGUUAUAUUGACGACCACGCACGCAUGACAUUCAGGCAGAAUUCCAAGAAGGGAAAUUUCCGCUGUGAUGAGGUUCAACGGCAUACAGAGUUAUAUUUUCCCAUAAUUCUCUCUCCGUCUCUCUUUUCUGUAGAUGAUUAAGAGGGCUGGUGCUGAUGAUUCUAGCUAUUCAGUCAGAUACAUGGACAAGGUUAAUUACUACAAAAGGAUCUUAAUUCGUUCAAAAGUUAUCCAGGUUUACAUGCUGUUAGGAGAGGAUUUGACUGACCAGUAUAUGUUCGAUGAUACACAUCCAUACAUGAUACGAUCGAUAUUUUUCAAACUUGUUUCUGUG